UAAAUUCCAACCUCCCACCAGCAGAAAGAAAAAAAGAGAGCACCAGCUAGCCCUAUUGCGUUUCCUGCUCCACUAGCUAGAUAUGGCUGAAGAAUGCACAGAGAGCUCUUCCUCAACGCCACUGAACUGGUGGGAUCUCCAUGUAAGCUCUCUAUCUUCAUGGAAUAAUUCGAAUCCAUGGCACAGUCAAGACCCUAACUCCAACUCCUCUUGUGAGGAGGAUGUUUCAAUCUCUACAUCAUUUACUAAUGCCUCCAACCACUCGGGCUUGACCGUUGAAUCCUCUCGCCGGUUUUUUGAGCCUGCUUCAUCGAACGAGUUGAUUGGAGAACAUGCAUCCGAUAAUAAUCUUUGGAGCCAAGUUCUUUUGAGUGUUGGAAGCAAUAUUGGAGAAGUGGAAAACAAUCAAGAUGUGGAAGAGAAGUUUGUUGACGCAUUAUCAUCCAAAAGUAUGUCAACUGGGAUGUUUGGACCUGCCUGCGACUACUUGAAGAAACUGGACAACAGUUGGGAAUUCACAAACUCUUGUACAUCUUUCAAUAAUUUUGACAAGCACAUAAGUAGUGGGUUGAGUGAGAGCGUACUUGACAACGAAAGGUUAAGCAAGUUGUCUAAUCUAGUCAGCACUUGGUCUAUUGCCCCUCCAGUCGCAGAUGUCAAUCGCCAAUUUGACCCCGAAGCAUGCGAUGUAUCUUUGAGUGAUGGUCAUGAUUCCACAUCUAGGAAUUCCAGUUUAUUUUCAUGUUAUCGUGAUCAUGAUUUGAAAGUUGACAAUGAAUCUCGUGAGAGUGAAGCCCCAGCAGCUUUAUUCAACAACUGUAACGGUGUUCAAUAUCAAAUUGAACUUAACAGCUCAUUGGUGGGAGAUAACACCAGAUAUUAUGGGAUGUCUAAUCCUUCUUCCUGCACACGUAUAAGAAGCUUUGCAGACAUUAUAUCUUUCAGUAGUCGUAUAGGCAAGCCGUUGGUCGAUAUUCAUGCACCUAAUCACUGUUUUAAAUCACUUAAUUCAUCUGUUCAUGAUAAGAAACAAGGGCUUCAAACUUCUUCUCUGUUGACAAACUCAACUUGCUCCAAGCAGACCAGAAUUAAUGGAAAAGAACAGGGAACUACGAAUGAAGGAAAAAGAAAAAGGUCCGAAGAUGGUUCAGAGCCAGUCCUGAAAAAACCAAAGCAUGAGAGUCCUACAGCUUCAUCAGCCAAGGUACAGGCACCAAAAGUCAAGCUUGGAGACAGAAUCACGGCCCUUCAGCAAAUUGUGUCACCUUUUGGAAAGACUGAUACAGCAUCUGUACUCUUUGAAGGAAUUCAAUACAUAAAGUUUCUACAAGAACAAGUACAGCUACUGAGUAAUCCGUACAUGAAGACUAAUCCACACAAGGAUCCAUGGGGAGGUUUGGAUAGGAAAGAUAAGGGAGACACAAAGCCUGACCUCAGGAGCAAAGGUCUUUGUUUAGUUCCUAUCUCAUGUACACCUCAGAUUUACCGUGAGAAUGCAGGAUCAGACUAUUGGAGUACACCAGCAUAUAGAGGAUGUUUGUAUAGGUGAAAUAAGUCCAUGCUUUCUUUUACAUUUCUUACAAUCUAAUGUAACUUUGUUAACAGAAGUGGUCUUUGUGAUAAUCUGCUCAAGAGAGUAGAAAUAAAGGUUAAUGAUGAUGAUUAGGUUACUUGGCUACCAAA